UGCAGUAACGCAUGACUUGUAACGACACAGGAGGAGCCUGAUCUCGCCUUCUUCGUGAAUGGAGCCAGCCGCAGUGGGUUCGAUCGGAAGCCGAGGGAAGUGAACUCAAACCUGAGGCACGCGUCGCGGGGAACGACCAACAGGCGCAUCCGGGCGUUUCUCGCCGUUCUCCCUGAGGUGGGGCAGAACUCCUCCUCCUGCGGGACAUCUGCUCCGGAGCUGGGACCUCCGCUCAGACGCUCGUGUCACCGGCUGCUGCAAGGUUGGAAACACUGACCCGAAGUGCGUGGUUUCAGAAAAGCUGAAGAACGACGACUGUCUCCGGGGAAGUGAAACAGCCUGCUUUCUGGUGAGUCGGAGGCCGGAUGUGUGGACUACCUGAGGGAGGAUGGGUAGAUGAAGCCAGGUAGUGAAGGGUGCGAAGGAGGCAUUGAUACGGGCCAAUUUAGUACAAGUGCGUCUCUUGUUUCUGCUCUCCGCUCAACGGCUUGGAUUGAUCCAGCUUUCCACAAGGCUUCGCAGAUGCUGCAGGAAGCAGGGUGACAAGCCAGUAAGAGGUUGCCUGGUUGGCUGGAACUGCGGCUACCUGUUGAUUUCAUGGGCACUCUGAAUGUCUGAGGGAAGAUGGAGCAACCUGUGCGAAUGAAUCUGAGCAUACCGGAUCUGGGAAGCCGUACAACCUAUAAUGAGUUGGAUGACAGUGAGAGGAGCCCGUAUGCUGUUGAAACACCAUAUGGGUUCCAGUUGGAUCUGGAUUUCUUGAAAUAUGUUGAUGACAUUCAAAGUGGAAACACCCUAAAGAAAGUGAGCAUUCAUCGCAAACCAAAGAUAAGGCCAUCAACAAGCACUAGUGGAUGGACCUCCACAGAAUCACUGUCUUCCUCGACCAGUGAGGAUGUUAAAGCUUUGCCAACAACACCAAAGUUUAGAACUCACACAGUUGCUUAUGAAAUAAAUGAUCCUGCGGCAAAUCAGCCCUCAAAUGCCACGUCGCCACCACCAAUCAAUAGUCUUCUUCCACCCCCUUCUCCAAGGUCUUCUCUGAGGAACAUUCGAGUGGAAAAGACUUUGCUAGAGACUAGUCGAAGGCUUCAGCAGGAACAAUCGUCCACUGAGGAUUUACCAAGGUAUGGACUGUCAAGCACUGUAUCCAAGUCAGGCAUAAAUUCGCACUGUCAAAGCCAAAGCUCCCCAUCGUCUCAAAAAAACACUGCUGUAGGAAAUGGUGACGUUAACCCAGUGUCAAAUCCUUCAUUCACUGGCUUCUUCAGGUUUAGCCCCGUGAACUCAGGGAGGAGCUCACCGGUCACAGGCAUCACACCAGCUCACCUUCAGCACAUCCGGGAGCAGAUGGCAGCUGGCUUGAGGAGGCUGAAGGAGCUCGAGGAGCAAGUGAAGGUGAUCCCUUGUCUGGAGAGGAAGCUGGCUGCAGUGAAUGAGGAGAAGCAGCAGCUUAUCACGGAGCUGAAAAAAAGAAAAGUCUGUAGUCCAUCUGAAGCACUUCUCCUUCGCCAGCGGUCGUACAGCACAGGGAAUGUGGCUCAGUACCAGCCAGAUACCAAGACAGUGGUGGACCUUCAUAUUGAUUUAGCUGGUGACAACAAUGAGAAGAGGUCCAGUAAAAUUAAAGAACUUAGGCGACUAACAGAGAAAUUGACGCUUGUUGAUAGGAAUAAAACGUGCUCUAAAGCCACCUCUCUGGCAACGUCUCCAACUUCCCCAAACAAAAAUGUGCUGUUGAAGUCCGUGGGUGCAGGGGAAGAAAGAGACAUGAAUGACGUUGUUUUCUACUACAAGUCAGAGAGACCGACCGAAGAGGCAGCAGUUGGGACAGAAGUGGAGGUGACGCAUGUUGGUGUUGGAGUUGUUGAGACAAUGUUGGGCUUGACGACUGAGGCGCAGGAGGAAAUUGAAUUUCUGCAAGAAAUUAUUGAGAGCCAGAAAGCAAACAUCUCAGUGAUUGAAGCAGAGUUGGAGGAGGCAACUAAUGAACUGAACAGCCUAAAGCUAAAUGCACCACUAGUCCCCCGCAAGAAGACCGUUGAUGCCAGUGUGAUGGUGCAGCCACACAUGGUCAAUGUCAGCAUGGAAGCAAAGAUCCCAGUCAUGAGUCGAGCAGCUGGUGACCACUUGGAGAUUGCAGAUGCUUGUGUGGACUUUGCACCGCAGAUGUCUAGCGUAGGAGUCAGCUGCUGUUUACGAGUACAAGACGUCUCUGUGGGUCCGGAUAGCCCAAUUACACAAGAGGACAUGGCUGAUCCACAUCUUGCGGAGAGUUUGGAUGUUCAUAGUCAAUGUAAAACUGGAUUUAGACGGGAAGGGGCCGGUGAAAUACCAGAAGGUGACAUGAAGAUGAAUGCUAUUGAACUGGUUACAAAUGGCAGCAGUAAAAUAGUAGAGUGCAGUCCAACUAUAGAAGUAAAAGGUUAUGACACCGGAUUUAAGGACGGAGUGACUAGAGUGAACUUAACAAAAGACACAGUCCAAGAGAAACGUGUUGCGGUAAAACUUUGCAGCACGUCUUUGCAGGUUGUGUGUGAGAGGAAAACAAAUUGCCAAGAAGAUGAGCAAAAGCCCCUGGAACCACAGUACACAGUCAGUCCCACCAAAGGGGUUCUGAAGUCCAUCAUGAAAAAGAAGGAUGGAUCAGGCAACACUGAGCCAAAUACGAGCAAGAAGAACCUACAGUUUGUAGGUCUUUUGAAUGGAGAAUAUGAAACAAGUUCAAGCGAGGAAUCGAGUGGUGAGGAGGGCUGCGCUGACAGAGUGAUUGUAGACAGUUCAGACAGCGAACUGGGAAACUGCAGUGACACUUCGGAAGAGGACGGCAUCGCGCACCUGAAAGACAGCGACAACAGUGAGAGCCCUGAGCAACGCAGGCGCAGGUCCGGGAAGGAGAUGCCGGAGCAGAGCAAACAGAGGGAGGCAAAGCGAAUCUGUGAAGAGGAAGUCAAGGAGAAAUUUGAGCUGAGUUCAAAAAUGCGGGAAGUCUGCUUGAUUCUGAAAAAUCAUUUCAAUGACCCGUGCCCAGUGAAGAGCAAGGAAGUGAUGUCCAGUCUAAAUGCCAUCCAACAGGAGUGGUUCAGGAUCUCCAGCCAGAAAUCCGCCUCACCCCAGACCGUCGCAGACUAUCUGAUGGGCUUCGCCGAGAUGUCACCGGCAAUCCUCACGCACGUUGUCAACCUCUCUGAUGCAAAUGGCAACACAGCCCUGCACUACUGCGUUUCUCAUUCCAACUUCCAGAUUGUUCGGCUUCUGUUGGACACCGGUGUGUGUAAUAUUGACUGGCAGAACAAGGCGGGCUACACAGCUAUCAUGCUCGCUGCUCUGGCUGCUAUGGAAACCGAAGCAGAGAUGAAAGUCGUGAAGCAGUUGUUUAGUCUGGGAAACGUUAAUGCCAAGGCCAGCCAGGCAGGUCAGACUGCCCUAAUGCUGGCUGUAAGUCACGGACGUAUUGAAAUGGUGAAGGCCUUGCUGGAUUGUGGGGCUAAUGUUAAUAGUCAGGACAAUGAGGGCUCUACCUCACUGAUGUGUGCCUGCGAACAUGGACGUCUGGAGAUCGUGAAAGUCCUUCUGGAGCAGCCACAGUGCAACAUCUCCCUGACUGAUAAUGAUGGCAGUAAUGCAUUGUCCAUUGCUUUGGAAGCUAAAAACAAAGAAAUUGCCGUCUUGCUCAUUGAACGCAGGGAUUCCGAGUAUUCUUCACAGGUCACUCCAUAGACCAUUCCAGUGAGAUAGCAGCCUACACUACAAAGAUGGCAGCUACUAUCAUCAUUCUCGUCCAGUAUUUGCCAGUGCAAUUCUUUUUUAAAAAGGGAUGUUUCUCUUAACAUGUUGAUUAAACCAACAUUUAUCUCUAUAUCAGCAUCUCUGAACUGCUUUUUAUUGUAUGUGAAGCAUUUUACAUUAAAAAUUGAAACUUCACCUGUGACUGCUGCAUAAUCUGAAUUCCUUAAUGUUAAACCCAUGUUGGAAACCUCAAUUGUGCUAGAGGUAAAAAAAAAAUGCUGGAAACAUUUGGGUCAGGCAUUAAUUUCAAAAAGGCAAUUUCUCCUUCAGAAUAAAACAAUUUGCUGAAGGAACUUAGGUCAGGCAGAAUGUAUGGAGGCAGAGGCAAAGUCAACAUUUGAGGUUGAGCAACACACACAAAAAAUGCUGGUGAAAGCAGCAGGCCAGGCAACAUCUCUAGGAAGAGAUACAGUUGACGUUUCAGGCCAAGACCCUUCAUCAGGACUAACUGAAAGAAGAGAUUUGAAAGUGGGAGGGGGAGAUACGAAAUGAUAUAAGACAGGAGGGGGAAGGGUGGAUCUGAGAGCUGUAAAGUUGAUUGGCAAAAGGGAUACCAGGCUGAAGAAAGAGGAUCAUGGGACGGGAAGCCUAGGGAGAAAGAGAAGGGGGGAGGGGAGCCUGGGGUCUGGUAUCCCUUUUGCCAAUCAACUUUCCAGCUCUCAGAUCCAUCCCUCCCCUCCUGUCUUCUCCUAUUAUUUCAGAUCUCCCCAUCCCCCUCCCAUUUUCAAAUCUCUUACUAUCUCUUCAUUCAGUUAGUCCUGAUGAAGGGUCCCGUCCCGAAAUGUCAACUGUACCUCUUCCUAUAGAUGCUGCCUGGCCCGCUGCGUUCACCAGCAUUUUUUGUGCUUGAAUUUCCCGCAUCUGCAGAUUUCCUCGUGUCUCCAUUUGAGGUUGAGACCUUGCAUCAGUCCCAAUUUCCUGACUUCAUUUAAUUUCUACAUUUGAUUGUCCAAAUAUUUUGAAUACAUCCUGCAGUGCUAUCUUUGGAGGUCACUGUUUUGGUUUUCAAAUACCAAAAAUAAAUUAUACAUUUAAAUGCACUGUAGUGCAUCCAAAAUGAUAACCAGGCAUUAAAAUGCUUUAAAUGGCCGCAACAGCACUUACAUAAUGUGACAAAUAUUUUCAGAACUGAAAGUUUUCAAUACCCUUUGCCCAAGUUGUGCAGGGCAUACAGGUUGACAGAGCAGAAUCCCAGCCAAUUAACCAGGCUAACUGUACAAUUCCAACUUAAUUGUUCAUUUUCAGCUUGGCUUGAUUUAGAUAUUUUCCG